AUAGUUUGUCCUAAACUUUAUAUUUUUAAUUUAAGUACUUAUUUAUAUUUUGAUAAUAUUUUUCUAUUCGACCCAGCCUGACCCAUCGAUCAAUCAAAUAGUCCACUUAAUAAAGAUAACCCAACCCACAUUAUAUGUAUGGCUAACAUAAAAAGCAAAGCCAACCCAUUUAGCAAAGAAGAAAACAACCCAAAAACCAAAAACCACACAGCAAUGUGGGCAGUGUCCUACCUGUCCCCACCAACACCGCCAUGCCACCCUCUCGUACGCAACCUCAACAGACCACCUCUCAAUCUCAAGAGCCUCUCCGUCUCCGCCAAGUCUCAGCCACCAGGCCAAGACCUCGGAGGCUUAGGCCAUUCAAUUCUCACCAAACUCAAAUCCAACCACAAACCCACAACCCCAAUUCUCUCAAAGCAAAAGCAAAAGCAAAAGCAAAAGCAAAAUCAAGAGGGCAAGCAGAUGAUUAGUGGGUCUGAUGUGCUUUUCGCUCUCCAGAAAGCAGCUGAUAAGAAAAGCAGAGAGAUUGGUAAGAAAAAGAAGAAGGCAAAUGUGUCGUCGUCAUCAUUAUCAUCCUAUCUGGGAAGCCACGGGGAAGAGGAAGGUGUGGAUGAGGAUGGGAAAGUGAGGCCCUUGUGUGUGAAAAGUGAGUGGGGUGAUAGGUUGGAUGAAUUGGAAAAGCGGUUUCAGGAGCUUUCUUCUAAGGUCGUUUGAGGGUUUGCCCAUCUAUGCAUUCCAAUUGUGAAUAAUAUUUUUAUUUGAUUCAUAUCCAUGUUUUCUGUUUCUUUUUCAACACUGGUCUUGUUACUCUUGCAUUGUAUAAAUGAAUCACAUUCGGAGAAAUGAAACUAAUGUCACCUAUGGACACUUGGCAAUAGAGCAUAGAGGACAGUUUUUUGAGCUUUCCAUUUCACUUUCACCAUAUGGUGUAAUUGUGUGGGCAGUUCUUCUCUGUGCAUGACGUUGUUUGAGCACAAGCUAUUGGGGAGGGGGUUUUACACAGAUAUUCUUUGGGUGUUGGGAUUUCAAAUCUCUUUACACAUAGUGGAGGUGGAAUAGCCCGACCAACUAAGUUAUACCUCACUGGUUCCUUGUGCAAGACGUUAAUCUUUGGACAUUAUCGAUACAAAAUCCAUCUUUUAUUAAAGAAUGAACAUCAUGUCCAGAAAGUUUCCGAGUCAUACUUUAGUUUCCCAUUGUAAGUAAUAUGGUGGCAGUGCCGUGUUUAAUUAUUUGGCUUCUUGUUUAAGCAGCAUUGUCUUUCUUUGAUGAUCUAA